GAGCUCACACCAUAGGAUCAGCCCAUUGCAGUUCAUUUAGCGACCGGUUCCAACUCAACUCUAAAGGAAAGCUCACUCGCGUGGAUGCAUCCCUGGGCAAAGAUUAUGCGGCCAAACUGGCUAAACAGUGUCCUGCAGGAGCAAGCUUGUCUGUAACUGUUAACAACGAUCCCGAAACACCUGCCCUUUUUGAUAACCAAUAUUACAAGGAUCUCCUACUCCACAAGGGCCUCUUCCAAUCUGAUUCCGUUCUAGUUAGUGAUCAAAGAACAACGAACAAAGUUGUGGAAUUAGCAAAUGACCAGCAAAGUUUUUUGAGAGUUGGGGCGAGUCGUUCAUGA